AUGGCUCAGCGCAGGCACAUAGUGCUCGACAAAUCGAGCCGCGGUUCGGCGAUAACGGGUCCGAUUGAUCAUCGGCAUCGUUAUGGACAUAAUCUGCACUUUUAUUACAUCAAGUUGCUCGAGACUCAAAGUAAACAGCAUUUCUUUUACACGCUCAAUGUUGGAGGGGGGAAGAGAGUAAAUUUGGAAAAAUGUCCUCUGUCGAAACUUCAGCAACAGUGUGUCCAGUACCUCGAUCCAUUUGAAAGGCAGGCUUAUGAAGUGGUUUUGCAAGAUGGGAAGUUCUGGUAUAAGCAAACCGGAGAGGUAGUUGACAUAGUUGGAGAAAAUUCUAGAGCCAAGUGGAUAUUUGUUCUUAGCACAUCAAAGGUUUUGUAUGAGGGGAAGAAGAAGAAAAGUAGAUUUCAACACUCAAGCUUCUUAGCCGACGGAGUAACGAUCGCUGCUGGAAGACUUGUUGUCGAGAAUGGCACAAGUUCUCUGGAGGAAGAUGAAGAAGAUCCGAUUAACAGUCGUCAUCGGAGAAUCGGGUCCUUAGACAUGGAAGGGUUUGAUGAAGAAACUCAUGAAGCAGAUCAAGAAAGUGAAAGACAUAGAACAGAACAAACAGAGAACUGCAUCAAGGACAAUGGGGAAAAACCAUUCACAACAGCAAUGGAAUAG